AUGUCUCGAAAACCAAAGGUCGAUACGGAUUGGAACUCUCCUGAUACUCGAGUCUACUAUGCCAAAAAGUAUCGACAGACUCUUGCUUCUGCACCUGCUUGUGCUCUCGCUGUCAUAGCAGGGAGUCUCGUCGUUAAAACAUUGAAGGCUCCCCUUGAAAAUGUCAAAGUCCGAAUGCAAUCUCGCUACUUUCCCAACGCCUACCUAGCAACAAAGCACACAUAUCGCACUGAAGGCAUUCGUGGAUUCUGGGCAGGCACCUUCAGUCCUUUGGUCUCAAUCACCACCUCCCGAGCCCUAGGAUUUUCUAUCUAUCGAAAAGCUAAAUAUACUCUCGACGGCUGGAUCGAAGCUGCCACUGGAUCAUCUCCGUUGCAGCAUGUUAAUAAACCAGGCACAUACCCCAACUCAUCGACGCUUCUCUGUUUUACAGGCGCCGGCAUGAUAUCCGGGGGCGUCACAGCUGUUGUAUUGACUCCGGUCGAGCUAAUCAAAAAUGCCACCCAGUCGUCUGUCCUUAUGGCUUCUUCACCAUCCACCUCCACCUCCACCCCCAAACCAGCCUCUGGGGCCGCAGCUCCAUCGGUUAAGAACUACGGGCGAGUCAGCUCCUGGACAUCAAUGAAGCGUAUCAUUGAGAGACGAGGGGUCUUUGGACUUUGGACCGGCUUCCGCUUGCAUCUCUUGCGCGAUGUCAUUGGCAGUGGUAUCUAUUUCGGUGUCUACGAGACCACCAAGCAGUCCUUGAACUCAUAUUACGGCGCGGAAAAGGCCAACACCCCUGGCGCCAUCGCCAUUGCAGGUGCCAUCUGUGGAAUCGGUGCCUGGGUCGUGACAUAUCCACUCGACACCAUGAAAACACGCGCCCAGAACAACCUAGUCAACAUAGGAAGCUCCGCCGCCGCCGCCGCCGCCGCCGCCACCACCACUUCGUCGUCCUCAUCGUCAUCCCCAUCCGCGGCAGUUGCACUCUCUAAAGCGGCUAUGCGGUCUAGCAAAUGGAAAGGCGUGGAGAUGAUCAUCUUGCGGUCGUCGAUCCAGAACAUGAUCCAGAUGAGCUUCUUCGAGCAGGCGAAAGUCGUCAUCGACAACAUGAGCUUCAGCGACGGAAGCAAGACGCUACCAGAGGUAGAGCGCCAUUUCGGCAGAGACAGCAAGGUCUUGAAGAACGAGAAGUUGUGA